AUGCUAACAGAAAUCAACAAAUAACAAUUGUUUCUAAGAGGAGGGGGUUGUGGAAUGUCAAAUACUAAUAUUGAUCAAUAAUCAGAAAAAAAUGACAUUCAAACUUAAGUUUAUGAUUUCUUUUCGAAGUUCAAUCACUAUAUUUAGAUAAUAGAAUCUAAGGCAUCUGUUGCAGCUAAUUAAUAGGAAUCAUCAGAAAUAAUGAUAGCAAUACAGCGGUUUAUUUUUAAGAGGAAAACAUCUACAAAAUCAAUAAGAAUGUAUAAAGUGUUAAGAAAUCAUACGACUUAAUUUUAGAUGGGAUUAGACGNAUUGAACAAUUAAAAGACUGUAAUUAACUUGAAAAGAUAAUAUGAAUUUAAAUAAUUUUGUGCAUUACUUUUAUUUUUCUUUUUCAGGAUCCUUUAAUUUUUUAAAAUUCAGUAUCAUAUAAACAGUCAAAUAUAUAUUUGUCCACAAAAGUAGAUUAGAUGA